GUUCAAAUUCCAGUUCCUCCCUCCUCCCGCGGCUGUGGGCCAGUAAAGCUGGAGGAGUGUCAGUUGCUGGAGGAGUGUCAGCUGCUGGAGGAGCUGGACGGUUUCAUAAACAGCGCAGAGGAACUGAGUCGAACUGCUGCUUUCACAGUGAAAACUGAAUCAUGGUGGCCAACAACCUCAACACGAACUCUGACCACACGCGGUCACGAUCUCCUGCCCUUCGCCGGAGUCCAUUCAACAACAUCAAGUUCUUUGUGUUCUGCCACAGUCUGCUGCAGCUGGCACAGCUGUUGGUGUCGGGCUACAUGAAGAGCUCCAUCUCCACCAUUGAGAGACGCUACGGCCUCUCCAGCCAGAAGUCGGGAGUCCUGGCUGCUUUCAAUGAGGUGGGAAACACGGUCCUCAUCGUCUUUGUGAGUUUCUUGGGGAGUCGAGUCCACCGGCCGCGCUUCAUUGGAGGUGGAGCUUUGCUGGCCUGCCUGGCCUCGCUGCUGAUAGCGAUGCCGCACUUCCUGAGCGGACCAUAUGACUACACCAACCGCAUCAGCUCCUCCGGGGAUAACAGCUCUGGCCUCUGCCAAUCAGAGAGAACCCUCACCACCUCAUCGUCCAAUCAGAGCUGCAGCCAGAAGGAGAGCCCCGCCCAGCAGGUGGUGUACCCUCUGCUGCUGCUGGGUCAGCUACUGCUGGGUAUUGGAGCCGUCCCCAUCCAGCCCUUUGGCAUCUCCUACAUCGACGACUACGCCAGCAAGAAGAACUCGCCGCUCUACCUCGGAAUCCUCCUCGCUGUGACCUCCAUCGGCCCGGCUGUCGGCUUCAUCACCGGCUCCCUCAUGCUACGCUUUUAUGUCGACUUUGACAAGUUAUCCAAAGACCAGAUCGAGUUGAACCACAAGGACCUGCGCUGGGUGGGAGCCUGGUGGCUUGGCUUCCUGGUGGCGUCCUGCUUCCUCUUCCUUACUGCACUGCCUUACUUAUUCUUCCCCAGAAACAUGCCCAAAGAGGACGGUGCAGACGAUGUCGAGUCCAGACCGGACUGUAAGCAGCAGCAGACUAACCCGCUGCAGGAACUCUCCCUUCUUCAGUUCCUCAAAAGUUUUCCUCGUAUUGCUCUGCGAACGCUGCGGAGCCCCAUCUACCUGCUGGUGGUUCUGGCCCAGGUCAACCUGGCGGCGCUGCUGGCCGGCCUCGCCACCUUCAUGGCCAAGUUCAUUGAGAGACAAUUCAGCCAGACUGUCUCCUUUUCCACCAUGAUGAUAGGAGGAAUCUGUAUCCCGAUGGCAGUGCUGGGCACCGUCCUGGGUGGAGUUCUGAUGCGGAGACUGAAUAUUUCAGUCAGCGGUGCCAGCAAGUUGUGCACCAUUGCCAUCCUGCUCUGCUUGUUCUCGUCCACGCCGCUGUUGCUCAUUGGCUGCCCCACCCAGAAGGUUGCCGGGGUCUUUCCUAACAGCUCUGGUGGGUCGUGCAGCUCCGUCUGUCAGUGUCCUAAGGAGGCGUUUAACCCAGUCUGCGGUUCGGAUGGCGUGGAGUUCAGGUCUCCAUGCCACGCCGGCUGUAGGGCCGCAGAGAAAGACAACGACGCCAAAGUCACAAACUACACUGAGUGUCGGUGUGUCGGUGGUCUCGGCUUUGCGUCUCCGGGAACGUGCGGCAGCGGAUGUUCCCACCUCCUGCCCCCCUUCAUGGCCCUGCUGGGCAUCACCGCCUUCAUCGCCGCCUUCUCACAGACCCCCUCCUACAUCAUGAUACUCAGGACGGUGCCCACGGAGGACAAGUCUUUUGCUGUGGGAGUUCAGUACAUGCUGUUCAGAGUGCUCGCGUUCAUGCCUGGCCCGGUGCUGUACGGCAGUGUCAUCGACUCCACUUGCAUCCUGUGGGGUAAAAAGUGCGGUAAACAGACUUCCUGUCUGUACUACAAUCUGGACCGCUUCAGACAGAGGUUUCUGGGCAUGCAGGUGGUCUUCGUGUGCGGGGGGCUGCUCUGCUUCCUGCUGACCGUCGUGGUCCUGCGCAGGAGGGCCAGGAGUCAGGAACCGCAGCCGGAGGGCAAAGGAGGGUAUGAGCUGGUGAACGGGGAGAAAACACCGGAGAUUGCUUCGUCCAAAGAGAAAGAAGCGAACGGCAUCAAGACCUGAAGGAAAACGCAACGAGAGGACGCGAAGAAGGAAAGACUCAGAGAGGCUGAACGAGAAGCUGCGAUGGUACCAAAGCAGUGUGUCACGUGCCGUAUAACGAGGCUAAGAUUAAUUUGCUUACAUCCAAUACAAAUAUUACAUUCUUUGCUAACAUUUCCAGUGGUGGAAGAAGUAUUCAAAGGUUCCAUAUGUAAGAUUUUGAUGUAUUUUAUGUGUCAGUGUGUGAGCAGACAGUGAACAGGUUGUAGUGGAGCUUUGUUCCUCUGCUGCCUGUGGACUGAUCUCUAUGUGUCUCUAUGUAGGAUGAGGGUCAAAGGUUGUGACCUUUAUGCUCCAGAGUGCCAACAGUGGGCAACACAGAGUCCAACACAGAGUCCAACACAGAGUCCACAACACAGAGUCCACAACACAGAGUCCAACACAGAGUCCACAACACAGAGUCCAACACAGAGUCCAACACAGAGUCCAACACAGAGUCCACAACACAGAGUCCAACCCAGAGUCCAACACAGAGUCCACAACACAGAGUCCACAACACAGAGUCCACAACACAGAGUCCAACACAGAGUCCACAACAGAGAGUCCAACACAGAGUCCACAACACAGAGUCCACAACAGAGUCCAACACAGAGUCCAACACAGAGUCCACAACACAGAGUCCAACACAGAGUCCACAACACAGAGUCCACAACACAGAGUCCACAACACAGAGUCCAACACAGAGUCCAACACAGAGUCCAACAGAGUCCACAACACAGAGUCCAACACAGAGUCCAACACAGAGUCCACAACACAGAGUCCAACACAGAGUCCAACACAGAGUCCAACACAGAGUCCAACACAGAGUCCACAACACAGAGUCCAAAGUCAAAGCUAACAUUACUGCUAAGCUAGUGGAACAUAUUGUCUGAUUGCGCUGUUAGCUGGAUAAUGUUAGUUGAUUGUUAAUGCGGACACAUUGUUAGCAGCUCCACUGCUGAUCCGUUUGUAGGUCACUUUGUCGGCUGGCGUUGCAGGUUGCAGCUGGCUGGCUAAUGUUAGCUUACUUGCUUGCUAACAUUAUCACUAGCAGCAUACUAGCCUAUCUGAGUGGAUAUGUUAGUUAGCUAACUUAAUCUUCCCCAGCUAACGUGAUCCAUAAUACCAAUUUACGUAUUAUGUCAUUUAUUUUCCAGCGUUUGGUCAGUUUGUCUCUUUUGGCCGACGCCCAGGAUAAUGCUCACAACAGGAUGUUGACUGCAGUACACUUAUUGGCCUCUGGUGGCGCUGUUUAACAACAGUUUAAUGAAAGUAACAUAUAGAACCUUUAAGGAUAAAAAACAGCAACCACAGUGUAGAAAUACUCAUUGUGCUAAAUGAGCCAUUUCACAAUUAAUACAUCAAAUAAUUGGAUUAUAAUUAUUGAUACUGUGAAAGUGUUACUUUCCUGUUGCAGCUCAUUUUAACCAUGUUAUACACUACUAGCUUCAUCUAUUAAUCUGAAUAUAUGAAUCUAAAUCUGAUAAAUGUCGUUCAGUAAAAAGUACAAUAUGCCUCAAAAAUUGUAAAUACACUUUUUUUACUUUUCACUACUGAACAUUUCCACUGUGAUUACUGUUCGUACAUAAGCUGAUGCGUAUAUUGUGUGAUACAUUCUGUACACUUUAUAUGACGCAGUGAGCCCAAACAGUUCAAUCUGGUGCUGAAGGUGAAUAAUAAGCUGCACUUCCUCUAACAAACACUCCCAACUUCUGUACUAAGUCAGUAGAGAAGUCAGUCUAAGUCAGGACACUGUGAUCUGUGGGGCUGAUUUUAAUCACUCUAAUUAUCUGUAGCCAAUCAGACGAAAAAAAAUAGAUAAAAUAAAUGAAUCUUAUGGAAGUCGGACUCAGUUUUUGUUUUGUCUGCUGCAGUUUGUUUUGUAAUUGCUGAUUUCUUUUGUAUUUUUUUUUACACAUAUUAAAAAUACUUAAAAAACAAUCAUAUAUUUUAAAGCGAUAAAAAUUUAUAAAAACAUAUUUUAUCUGAUUUAUUUUGAUCGGAUGUGUGUUUUGAUCAUUGUUUAUACUGACGGACUGCAGCAGUUUAAAUAAAUCAGAAAAAUCCAGCUUACAGAAAGUUUUAUAAGAAUGUGUUUUUACUGUCAUAUAUUUGUGUUUUCUCUUUAUUCAAAUGUCUCGGAGCUACUUUGCUGAAUGUUUGUUGUUUUUGUUGCUUUAUUUUGUAAAUUCUUCACUAUUGUUUGUUUUAUAAAUAUGUUUUUUAAUGUUGUAUAAAAUGUAGUUAAACUGUACAACUGAGCCACGUUGUGCACAAAAAUAAGAAAAACAAUAAACUUUAUACCUUUUGGUA